AUGUCUGAUGCUAUAGGGACACCGCCACAGGUGCCUAUGAUAUAUUGCGGAGGCAUGGUAUCGCCACAGCCGUCGUUCUGUAAUGUGUCGGAUAUAUCCGCGUCUGUCUCAGGUGAUGACUAUGAAUACACCGGGGGUUCCGGUGACGGCUACCAACGGUCAUCGAAGCGCAGCUACCAUGGGUCAUCGUCAGGUGGCACAGCAUCGGCCUCGUCUUACCAUCCCUAUCGGCGUUAA